CCCCUCAUUUUGGCAGAAAUCACGAUGUCGACCACUCGCAAAUUUAAGAGCCACGGACUGAGGAAGGGCAAGAGCCGGGCCCCUCACAAGGGAGUCAAGAGAGGCAGCAGCAAGAGAAAAUACCGCAAAGGCAGCAUGAAGAGCAGAAAACGGUGCGAUGAUGCCAGCCGCAACUACCGCUCCCACCUAUGACCCCAUCAGCGGGCUCUGGCCUGGUGGACCUCACAACCACCACCGGGCAGCAGCAAGAGAACAGAAGGGGGACUGCCAAGGAGACCUGAAGUUAGAUCAAAGCCAGAGAUGCCUAUCAUGUGGGCAAAAUGCCAACCAUGAUGAAAUGAGGAAUGUAUCCAUGUUGGCUGUUUCUCCCCAACAUCUCAAUAAAAUGUGGAAAACUGAAAAAA